UCACUUCUGAGGAGCUCCCCUGGAGGUUUCCUUUGCUUCCUUCCGUUCCCUUCCCUUCCCUUGCGUCCUGUGUCCAGUCUUGGGUUCCGAAGAAGCACCGGAGACGCGUUCGGCCCCUUCGUCUAUCUCAUUCUCUAUCUAUGACUUGGCCCCCGUCGUGAUCUAUCGCUCUCUCGGGCCCCCUCACCUCAUCGUCCGUCCAUCGCCUACAGUUUUUCGUCGACUUGAUCACGAUUGAUUGCUGGCUGUUGAGGGGUUCAGCAGUGUGUGGAUUAACAGGAGGUAGUGUAAGUUGCCGCUGUAGGAAUGGCCGUGUUUUGAUGUGAGAGUGCAGAGAUUUGAGUGCAGGGGAGCGGAACGAGCUCGCCCUAGUUGAGUAGUGAUUGUGUUUGAGAGAGGCUGGAAGCGGGGAGAGGGGUUCUGGGGACGGAGUUUUGUAGGAUUUGGGGUGUGGUGUUUGGAAGUAGAUUUUUGGGGGUUCGAGAACAGCUUGGAAGGUCGAUCAAGUUGUUUGCGGACAUCGGCGGCAGACAUGAGGGUCCUCUAACACGAUCUUUUCAGGCUCCCCUUGGCUUAGGACUUAGGAAGCGAGGGUGCAGGAGUGUGGUCACUAGCCUGCUGUGGUGCCCUUUGACUGGUCUUUCCGAAUUUUUUACAGCUCGACGACAUGGAUGACUGGGAGGCAGAAGACUUUGUGCCACCACCUCCAGUUAUUGCUCGGGAACAACCAAAGUCCCCUUGGGAGGACGAAGAUCAGGGGGAGGAGGAAGUUAAAGAAUCAUGGGAGGAAGAAGACAAGCCCGCCGCCUCUGCCGCCUCUGUACGUUGUGGUAACGAAGCCCAAGAAGAAGGAAGAGAAAAAAGGGAAAAAAGUUGCUGUUUCUCUCGACGAAGGGAAAUUGACCGAUCCGCUUGCGGAGAAGCUUCGCCAACAACGACUUGUCGAAGAAGCAGACUACCAAUCUACCACGGAGCUGUUUGGGCGUCAAAAGAACCCGGAUCAAACUCUAGAAAACUUUAUUCCGAAGUCUGAAGAGGAUUUCCAAGAUUAUGCGGAGCUCAUUGCCAACAAACUUAGACCCUUCGAGAAAAGUUUUCAUUAUAUGACUCUCUUGAAGGCCGUCAUGAAGCACGCUGUUACUUCCUUAAAUGCUGCUGAUGCUAAAGUAUUAGCGAGUAGCUUAACAGUCACAGCGAAUGAGAAGCUGAAAGCUGAGAAAGACGCGUCAGGCAAGAAGAAGACAGGUGCUAAGAAAAAGCAACUGCACGUGGAUAAGGCAGAGGAUGAUGGUUUUGCCACUGGAAACUACGACGAUGUUGACGACUACGACUUUAUGUAACCUUUCAGUUAUUCAUCAAACCCCGAAGGAGACGUUCUCAAUUGGGGUUUUUUUUUCCAUUCUGUACCAGAGAUCGUUUGCUGUUUCUUAUCAUGAAUUAGCUGGUUCUUGAUGAGUGGGAUUGGUCGCGAAGUGAAGAUGUGGAGCGGGUACUUUAGAACUUAGAAGAGAAUAGAAACUACGGGAAUUGAAGGAGCUACUUAGGUGUCUCGGUUGUGAAUGUAGGAAGGUCUUUGAGUGUUACUCAAGGUAACAUUUCAGUACAUGUGGUAUGUAGACAGAAGCAGUCUAUUAUGUUGCCGGAGUACUGUUCUUGGCCACAAUUUGGGGCCCUUCAGCUUCACAAAGUUGAGUUUAAAUGUAAAAGUUCCAAUGAUUGUGUGAUUAU